AUGUUUGAAAGGGCUAAAGGCAAUAAUUUCGGUGUAAUUACAUGUCAGUCGUGUAAAGCCUUUUUUAGGAGAAAUGCCAACAAAUCGAUAAAUGUAUUUAACUGUGAAUAUGAAGACAAUUGCGAUAUAAGUAUCGCAAACAGAAAGACAUGCAAAAAAUGUCGGCUCAAGAAGUGCUUCGCUGUGGGAAUGAAAAAAGAAUGGAUACUAAACGAAGACGAGAGACAAUUGAGACGCAAACAGAUUGAAGACAAUCGACACAAACGGGAGAAACUCAUGAGAGAUAAAGAGAUCAAAUCGAUCGAACAAGAGAUUACACAAGAAAUUAAUGACACAAAUGGCGGUAAAUUAUCUCAAGAAUCGGCACUAAAGCUACAGUUGGUGUCAACCCAACCGUCCACUCAAAGCCUGUCCGCAAACUCACAUUAUCUGAAUAAACACGAAUCCAAUUGCCUUCUGGAACUCUUGGGUGCCAUCAGUCACUUAACAACGCCUCCCAUUCCCUCGUCUAACGCCGUCAACGGGUUCUUCAGAUCACCGGAAGAGCUGAUGAAUUACUCGGUCGAAGUGUUUGACAGCUAUUUAAGCGAUUUUGUCGAUUCAAUUAAAAAGAUCAGCGCUUUUCAACACAUAUGCCUCAACGAUCAGAUCGCCCUGGUCAAAUAUGGGUGCCUCGAGGUUAAAAUGAUCAGGAUUGGUGUCUCUUUUGACAUUAAAAACAAAUGUUGGUCAUUUCAAACGGACAAUAACGACACAAUUAAGCUGAGUUUGAAUCUGUUUAAAGGCUUUAAGACAAACACUUAUAGCGUGUUGAAGAAAUACCUAUUACGUGUGGUCAAUGAAUUGGACCAUGAUCACUUAAUACUCAACCUGUUAGUACCCAUACUGUUCUUCAAUCCCGAGCGGCCAAACAUUAUCCAUAAAGAAGUUGUUGUACUUCAACAGCAACUAUACGUGUAUUUAUUGCAGAGAUAUUUGCGUAUGAAAUACGGCUCCGAAAGCGAUGUGCGAAACAAAUUCCUACGUAUAUUGAAUCUCAUGCAAGACGUCCAGGCGUUGGAUAAAUUGCAUAAACAAAACAUGAUUACAACCGUCAGUCUAAACAAUUUUGGACCACUUCUUAAGGAGAUUCUCGACAUUCAGACCGAUCUCUGUAUUCAUAACUAA